GACUAUGAAAUACAUUCGACAUUUUGUUUCGUCCUAUUUUUUGCCUCAAUCUCACAUGCCCGCGCCAGCGAUUUCCAGCUAUGUUAGCUGUUUAGAGAUCCAUCCCGGAACUUCAGACAAUCAAACAAUUCCGCAAUCAGCAACCCGCCAAGACUCAUCAAGAGUCCCCAUAACGUAACGCAACGUCGUCAUCAUGGCCAGAAAAGAAAGAACUCAAUCUGUCAGUUUUCUGUCGAAACCUACAGGCUUCGAGAUGGAUAUGGACAAUCUCAGCGUCUCAAGCAGCAGCGACGACGACAAUGACGAAACUGUGCAUUCUCAAAGCGGCUUCUUCAAAAGCUUUCCACAAGGCGGUGCUCAACGACCUUUGAUCAACUUCGUGAAGAAUAAAUGGGAAACUCGUGCCUCCAGACCUCGUUCAACUUCGACUUCCUCUGCCGCUUCGCUUGACUGGUACCGCGUUCCAGGCCUCGGAUUCAUAGCGUCGAUCGUCAUGGCUCCGAAAUUCAGGCGAUAUAUGGUCGUUUACGCUAUUCUUUUGAUGUUUGCUUUUACCGGAUGGGAAACUGUUCUACAACCGAUGAUGAAAGAGCAUGAAGAUAUACUCGCGUCGCUUAAUGUGGAUACAUUGGAGAAAGUAGGUGGGUGGUUUGGGACCAAUGUGCGCCCGGAGUUUGUCGAUGUGCUGCCUAUGAGAACGCUCAAUCCGGCGUUAUUACCGAGCUUCGAGGAGAAAAAAGGUCGUUCAUCUCGACGGCUAGUUAUUGUUGGUGAUGUACAUGGGUGCCAGGAUGAAUUGGAAAAACUCCUGGAGAAAGUAUCUUUUGAUCCAGAUGCUGGCGAUCACCUCAUCCUCACCGGGGACAUGAUCAACAAAGGCCCCAAGAGCGGCGGUGUGGUAGACCUUGCCCGCGGACUUGGUGCUUCAUGCGUACGAGGAAAUCACGAAGACCGCAUCUUGCUUGAGCGCUCAGACAUGAAAGUCCAUCAUAGCGAGUCUUCUAAUCAGGAACAUACCGUGGUGGCUGAUACGGCUGAACGCAGGGUAGCCAAGUCGUUAACCGAUGAGCAAGUCGCAUACUUGCAGGACUGUCCUGUCAUAUUGAAAGUCGGGCAAAUCAAAGACAUGGGAGAAGUAGCUGUUGUGCACGGCGGAUUGGUUCCCGGCGUACCCUUGGAGAGACAGGAAUUGUCGAGCGUGAUGUCCAUGCGGACCAUCGAUUUGGAUACUCAUGUUCCAAGCGCCAGCAAAGAUGGCGUGCCGUGGUUCAAACUUUACAACCAAUAUCAUAAAUUGCUAGUAGCAGGACAAGGACAGGCUGGUACUGUAUCUCCUCAAACUAUGACUGUGAUAUAUGGACAUGACGCCGCUAAAUCACUCAAUAUCCGUCAGUAUACCAAGGGGUUGGACUCCGGAUGCGUUUACGGUCGAAAAUUGAGUGCAUUUGUCAUCGAGGACGGCGGUAAGAAUGAAAUUGUGCAGGUGAAAUGUAACGAAUAUGUAAAAUCGUGAGCUGGGUGUAUCCUUGCUUUUUGGGUGUUUUCCGAGCUCUGCUUGCUCACGCAUUGUUCUGGAGUUAAUAUGUUUAACAAAUUUUGGGCUUUUAACUAAUUUUGGGUGUGGGAUUUACAGGAUUAUAUUUGGCAGAUGUGUGAAACCGUGCCGUUUACAGUUGUGCUUGUGUCAUGUCCAAUGAUACCCAAGAUGCAUCGGCGUCGGACCUAUGUACUUAAUAGCUACCUUGUUUGUGCAGUGACUCAUGGCUUCUUCUCAGAUAAGGGGCGAGUAAUAUAUAUAAGCGAUAGAUUUGAUGUCUAUGGGUAUACCUC